AUGGCCUCGAACAGGGCUCCGCGGACGCCCGACCUCCAGCGCAUGCAGAUCAACUCUUUGCUGCAAAGGUCGAGCCUUCUUCGGGGGCCGAAGGGGCGGAUUUUGUCGCCUGCGAGUUUCCAAGGAAGAGUCGCGUACUACACCGACCGCGAGCAAGGCGCAUUUGGCGGGCUUCUCCGGGAAUUAGACGCUCAGAACAACCCCAUGAAGUCGCUUGAGUCUCUCGCGAAACAAGACCCCAGUCAAACCAUGGGGAUGCUCAAGAGCCAGAUGUCUUUCGUCUUCCUGCAGGGCGGGAUGGCUUACUUCAUCAAUUACCUCUUCCCCGAUUUUCUCGUUGCCAAAAUGCCCUUCCCACUCACGUUCCGGUUCAAGUCGAUGCUGCAACGCGGCAUCGAUUUGCCGUCACUCGACGUCACCUACGUCUCGUCGCUUUCCUGGUACUUUCUGAUUAUGUUGAGCAACGCAGGGCUUUUGUUUCUCUUCUCGGCUCUCUGGGGAAAUAAUCAGCGCGAUCAACUGCAGCCUCUCGCUGAAGCACGAGCAGAAGAGCAAUCAGGCGUUCAAACCCUCAUGAUGAUGGAUGCUGCCAUGCCGCCAAUGAUGAUGCCGGGGAUGGGUGGGCCAGACCCGAAGAAGCAACUCACGCAGGAACGCGAGGCGCUCGAGACGGCGACACACGAGUUCGCCCUGGAAGGCGUGGAACAGCAGCUGCUUGCCAAGUUUGAGGAAGACGCGCAUCUCGGGAAUCUGGAUGAGCCGCUCUGA